UCUAAUUCUGUCGGCAAAAUAUAUGGCAUGUAUGAUAAAUGCUCAACCAUUGAAAAUUCUCGCCGCUACAAGCACAAUAAUCUUUUACACUCCAUCAUCUAUUCGGAAAACAAUUCAUUAAUUUCAAUCAAAAAGACUAUUUUGCCUGUACUGUGGAGAUUUGUUGAUUCAAGAGGUCAAAAGUGUAAUGACCUUGUAAAAAGGCGCGAAUAGGCCUAAGCAAAAACUGUACAAAAAAGUGCACAGGUCAAUGCUCCUGCCUACCCAAUGAUACGACACGUCAGGAGUCAAGUGUCUACUUGAUUUGUUUGAAGAAAAACUAUAGCCCCUAGGCCUAGUCAGACCAUAUUUUCUGCUCGUAUGCCUAUCACUAUCAGUUGGUAUUCUGAAACUCGAAAAAAAGAUUUGAAGAAAAUCGCCUCCUCCACAGGCUCCAGAUCAGUUGAUUUAAACUUCAACUCAAGCAUGUUAAGCUGUUAAGUUCAAGUCGACGUGUUCCAAAUUUGGGUGGACAACUAACAUUAGACAUCACUGGCAACAAUGCUGCAGGAUCAGGUGGUGGAAGAGAACAUAGACGAUGAGUUGGAUGAUGAAGAAUCAUUUUUCCAAGACAUAGAUCUCCUGCAAAAUCAUGGUAUUAAUGUGGCUGAUAUUAAGAAGUUAAAGUCUGCAGGAAUUUGUACUAUAAAAGGGAUCCAGAUGACAACCCGGAAGCGAAUGUGUGAAAUUAAAGGCAUCUCUGAGGCCAAGAUGGAAAAGAUUAAAGAAGCUGCUGCCAAACUGGAGGCGCAUGGAUUCAUAACAGCCCUAGAGUACAGCUCCAAACGCAAGAACUGUUUCCGCAUCACAACAGGAAGCUCAGAACUUGACAAACUAAUUGGAGGGGGCGUAGAGAGCAUGGCCAUCACUGAAGCUUUUGGAGAGUUCCGUACUGGCAAGACUCAGCUGUCACACACACUGUGCAUUACAACACAGCUACCUGGAGCUAACAACUACCCUGGAGGAAAAGUAGUCUUCAUCGACACUGAAAACACAUUUCGGCCAGACAGAUUGCGUGAUAUAGCUGACCGUUUCAACCUUGAUCAUGGAGCAAUGCUGGAUAAUGUCUUGUAUGCCAGGGCAUAUACAAGUGAGCAUCAGUUUGAACUUCUUGACUUUGCUGCGGCCAAGUUCCAUGAAGAACCAGGUGUCUUCAAACUACUGAUCAUUGACUCCAUCAUGGCCCUGUUUAGAGUGGACUUUAGUGGCCGAGGGGAACUGGCCGACAGGCAGCAGAAACUGGCACAGAUGCUGUCCAAGCUACAGAAGAUAUCUGAAGAGUACAAUAUUGCUGUAUUUGUGACCAAUCAGAUGACAGCAGAUCCUGGUGCUACAAUGAGUUUCCAAGCUGACCCCAAGAAGCCGAUCGGAGGCCACAUCUUGGCUCAUGCCUCCACCACAAGGCUGAGUCUCAGGAAAGGACGUGGAGAGCUCAGGAUUGCCAAGAUAUACGACAGUCCUGACAUGCCUGAGAAUGAAGCCACAUUUGCCAUCUCAGCUGGUGGUGUUGUUGAUGCGAAGGAGUAAACGGCUUGCAAAUAUGGCAAGCUUUCCCACUUCUUCCAAAGGGGUUGGUUUUCCUUCAAACAUGUUCGCAUUUAAUUGUUGAAUUUUGGAACCAGUACUUUUUAAACUUUGAAGGGUAGUUUCAUUAAUUGGAUGAGAGAGAUUCCUGAGUAUGAUAUGCAAGCAGUAAGCAUUUCCUUCCAAAAUUUGUUCAAAUUAGGCAUUCUUAUUCAAACAACCUGUAAAUAAAAUAAUCAUAAUAUAUACACAUGUAUUUUAUUAUCACAUAAUAUAAAAAAUCUCAAUUUAGGCAGCUUUUUCAAACAGCAAUCUUACCCAAACUGCUACGUACUUACUUUUUUAAUACAAAUGAAUUCAAAUUGAUGGAAGCAGACUUUAGUUUCAGCGCACUAUCCUGGACCAAUAAAUAAGCUUGUUGCUGCUGUCGGCAGAGUUAAACCACAGGGGCCUUGGACACUUGUAAUGCAAAACGCACAGAUAAUCCAGCGGCCCAUGAUCUCUGAUGUGUCGUACCUCCAGUCUGCAAGCACAACUGGUGCAGUGACACAAAUAUCAACUCUUCACGCCACCAAAGGAAAUCGACAAAUUGUUUCACAAGAUGGUUCUUUAAUAACAUAUGAACAACACAUACAAAAUUUGUGAUUUUUAAAGACUGUCUUUGGAGCUAAUGUCUAAGUCGUACUGCACCCUAUAAAUACCCCUGCAUAAUUCACAGAAAAACAGUUUGUAAAUACCUCAGCCAGGUAAUCUGUUCCUAUU